UAUGCGAUGAGCAGUCUAUGGCGAUGAGUCUGUAGCUCCGUAUCCACAGCACAGUCCGACUGCGUGGGGCGUUCAUCUUUAAACGCGUCGCACCUAUCGCAUCGCUUCAGAGUUUCUAGUCCAUUGCUGAGAAAUUCACUGCUUCUCCAGGAUUACUGGCACUAAGGGAUAAGUGCUCCUGCUUUAACUCCGCAUUGGGAACAUUUUAAAGCGAAGUUGAGUGCUGAGCUAAUGCUGCAAUACUGUUUUAUUAGACUCUUAUUUGAACCGAAACGGAAUUCAAGUCACAUUUUGUUUUUUGGGGGAUUGCCGCGGUUUCUACUUUUUACAUCUGUGUAGUUGUGGCUGUAAAAAGGAGCAGUGACGCCGUUUAGGAACCACUUUUAGGGCGAAGGGAGAGACCAUUUGCUGAGACUUGCUAGCUGCAUGCCAAACCACCGUGUGUGCAUAGCGUUAUUAAUUUUCCAAGCGUUUAGCUCCGUCGCCACCACCGCUUGUGUUAAGGCGAUGAAUCAUAUUGACUGACAGCUUUUGAGGGAUCCGCUAGCUUUAGCUCAGAGCUGCUGCCGUGAUGGUGCUUUCCUAUUCACUGGAACAGUAGAUCUGUGUAGGGGCAGGCACCGCAGCUGAAAUUAUUAGUAUUUUACCUCGCUCUCGCCUCUUAAGUGUCUCCAUUUUGGGGGAGCGGAACGCGAGCUACAGAAAGCUAAUCAAUUGGCUAACGCUGGACAGUUCCUGUUACAGACAAAUCUCUAGCUUUGGACAAAGGACUAACGUCAGGAAAAUACUGUGUAACUACUACGAGGCACGGCCGUGUUUUGGACGGGCAACACCAAACAGGAGACUGUCAUGAUGUUUCCACAAUCCAGACACUCAGCUUCAUCACAGCAGCUGAAAUUCACAACCUCAGACUCGUGUGACAGAAUCAAGGAUGAAUUCCAGUUUCUUCAAGCACAGUAUCACAGCCUCAAGCUCGAAUGUGACAAGCUGGCCAGCGAGAAGUCAGAGAUGCAGCGUCAUUAUAUCAUGUAUUAUGAGAUGUCCUAUGGGCUGAACAUUGAGAUGCACAAACAGGCUGAAAUAGUGAAGAGAUUAAAUGGGAUCUGCGCACAAGUGCUGCCCUACCUGUCUCAGGAGCACCAGCAGCAGGUCCUUGCAGCGAUCGAACGGGCCAAGCAGGUCACCCCCCCAGAAAUGAACUCCAUCAUCAGGCAGCAGCUCCAGGCUCACCAGCUGUCUCAGCUUCAAGGACUGGCCCUGCCCAUGACACCAUUGCCUUUGGGCUUGAGCCAGCCCACCCUUCCCGCCGUCACCACCUCAUCCGGCCUCUUCUCCCUCUCCUCUCUGCUGGCCUCCCAAGCCCAACUGGCCAAAGAGGAGAAGGCAUCCCGUGAUGGAGUGGACAGCCACCGCGAAGAGGAUGGAGACAAAUCUGAUUAGUGUUUCUUUACAAAGACCUGAGUCCCCCAAGCAUGUCGUGUGGCCCACUGCCUCCCUCUGUCUACAGUACGCUCACGCGCACCGACCUGUGCCCACCUGCCCUGCCAACAAGUCCUGCCUCUGCCAGCUUCACAAGGAGGGACUUGGCCUUUUUAAUGUAGUACUGCCAUAAUGUUCCUCUGAACACACCGGGGUCCCUGCUUUGUUUCCUGUGAUUCUGCUUCUUUUUUUAUAUUAGCAUUUCUUUAUUUCUCCAGAGUGAGAAAUCCGUAUUCCGCUGACUGCUCUGUGGGACUGAAUGCUACUAGUUAGCCCAACACACACAGUGAUGAAGACAUGUGUUUUCCUUUGUACAGUGUAUACAAAUCAUCAUCCACAAACUCUUUUACCAGUUUAUAUAGCAUGUUUUUAUUUGAAGAGUGGUGCCUCCUGGUUUCAUGUAGUGUUGAAAUGUGUAAUGAUCCAUAUUUCACCUAUCCAAAAUGCUAUCCUAAAAUCAAACACCUCUGCACAUGUAUUGCAUAUUAAUCUCAAUUUGGCCAAACAUACCUUCUUGAGAUAAAGUCUAUCAAAGUACCGGACAGCGAUCAUGCAUGUAGCAGGUUUGACAGCAGAGGGCAGUGUGUCUCUUUGAAGAAACCUCUGUAUUUGCUUUAGGCCUGAGCAAAACAAUGACAAGACUAUGACAAAGCACAGGCUGGGUCACAAUAGAGAAGCAUAUUUAUCCAGUCUGAUGGAUACACCCUUAAAACACGCACACAUUCAUUUGGGUUUGAUCACACUGUGGAAGGACCAGUGCACAGUGCAGCAGCUCCAAAAAGUACAAUUGUCUCUGCAUUAAAUUUAAAUCCAAAAAGACCCUCUCACACCUGUGCCAAACAGGAUGGCAGUGUUUGUAUUUUCAUUGGAAAAUAGUGAGUCAGCAGUUGGUAUGAAGAUUUGACCUUUAGUUGUAUCCAAAAUUCCUAUGGUAUUAUUUAUUUGUAUUUAAUAAAUGCUUUGAUAACAGUACCAUUCCAAAUUCUAAUCAAAACAUCCUGCUCACCUCUUUUUGCUUUUUCCUUAGUUUAUAACUCAAUGCACCAUUUACGCUUACUUGAUCAUCCAUUAAUUUAUCCUUAACCUCUUAAACUGGUGACCAUAACCCUUCUGGAUUGUUCUUUUAGCACAGUGCGUAGUGUUUGUUUAAAAAUGUAAAUUUGCUGUGUAGUAAACAUAAGGUCACUUCACUUGAACAGAUCAAAGCUAGGUCAGACAUUGCAGCACAGGUCUGUGUGAGAGUGGACACACCU